AUGGAAACAAACUCAGCGCCAGUUGCAUCCACAAAAAAGGGAGGGGACGGCGUCACUGCUGAAACCGCACCGGUGGUUAAACAUAAAAUUGUUCUUCUCGGCGAUCAGGCUGUGGGGAAGACGAGCCUCAUUACACGUUUUAUGUAUGAUACAUUUGACCAACAGUAUCAGGCAACCAUUGGUAUUGAUUUCUUUUCCAAAACGUUGCAUAUAAAUAACCGGGCGACACGACUGCAUGUGUGGGAUACGGCUGGACAGGAGCGGUUUCGUUCACUCAUUCCAAGUUAUAUACGAAACAGUGCAGCCACCGUUGUGGUGUACGACAUCACAUCUCGUUCUUCUUUUCUCAGUACAUUCAAAUGGAUAGAUGAGGUCCGGGCGGCGCGAGGGGAUGAUGUCAUAAUUGCGCUUGUGGGAAACAAAUGUGAUGUGCAGGAAAAAAGGGAAGUAAGCGCAGAUGAGGCGCAGAAACGCGCGGAUGAAAACCGGCUUAUUUUUGUUGAAGUCAGUGCAAAAACUGGGACGAAUGUAAAAUCACUUUUUAGGAAGGUGGCGGAGGCCAUUCCCGUAGUGGAAAUCUGUGAGAAGGGAACGGUGCCGUUGGGUAAGCGACGAGACCCGUUUCUUCUUACGCCUUCGCAGCAACAAAAAGACGGCGAAGGGGCCGGUUGGCGGGAAGGCGGUUGCUGCUAA